AAAUAUGCUGUGCUACAAAGACCUCAAAAUUUCCAACCCAAAGCUGAAAGCUCCCUCCAUACUAAUAGCAUCCCCAGGUCCUCUCUCUCUCUCUCUCUAAAAAAAUCAGACCACUUAUGAAUUAAAUGGUUGCUGUUUUUCUCUAAACCAGAAGCCCUCCAAUGACGAAUUCCGGAAUGAAGUCUUUUUUACUCUGCUCUCUCUUUGUGUUCCUAACAUGUUUUUCUUCUGCUUCUUCACAUAAUCUGUCUCUCAGGAGGCAAGCUUCGAUCCUUGUUUCUCUCAAACAAAAUUUCGAAGACUCGAAAAAUCCUUCUUUAAGUACUUGGAAUGUGUCAAACUACAUGUUCCUCUGCUCUUGGGCUGGAAUCCGUUGUGACGGCCUAAACAGAUCAGUUGUCUCACUUGACAUAUCCAACUACAACCUCUCAGGUACUCUUUCGCCAGCGAUCACAGAACUCCGAACCCUAGUCAAUGUUUCAGUGUCAGGAAAUGGAUUUGCAGGUACUUUUCCUUCCAGUGUUCACAAGCUAGCCAGGCUACAAAACCUCAACAUAUCCAACAAUGGGUUCAGCGGAAGCUUGGACUGGGAGUUUUCUCAGUUGAAGCAGCUUGUAUCGCUAGAUGCUUACAACAAUGAUUUCAAUGGCUCACUGCCAUUAGGGGUCACUCAACUUCCGAACCUGAAGCGGUUGGACUUUGGCGGGAACUACUUCAGUGGAAGCAUUCCUCCAAGCUAUGGAAACAUGGUGCGGCUCAAUUAUCUCUCAGUUGCGGGAAAUGACCUGAGCGGUUACAUACCGCGCGAGCUCGGAAACCUCACUAACCUACAGCAGCUUUUGUUGGGAUAUUACAACGAAUUUGAAGGUGGAAUCCCACCAGAAAUUGGCAAGCUGAUCAAUCUGUUUCAUUUAGACCUCGCAAACUGUGGUUUGGAGGGGCCAAUCCCUCUGGAGCUAGGGAAUCUGAAAAAGCUAGACACUUUGUUCUUGCAAACAAAUCAGCUCAGCGGUUCGAUUCCUGCUCAGCUGGGAAACUUGAGUAGCUUGAGGUCUCUUGAUCUGUCAAACAAUGCGCUAACAGGAGACAUACCCGCUGAGUUCUCUGGACUCCGCGAGCUCACACUCCUGAACCUCUUUAUCAACAAGUUUCACGGGGAGAUUCCUCACUCUAUCACGGAGCUACCAAACUUGGAAGUCUUUAAGCUGUGGCAUAACAAUUUCACUGGAGCCAUACCUUCACAGCUUGGUCAGAAUGGUAAACUGAUUGAGCUUGAUCUUUCGAGUAACAAGCUCACCGGAGUUGUCCCAAAAUCUCUUUGCUUCGGAAGGCGGCUGAAGAUCUUGAUUCUGCUCAACAAUUUUCUCUUUGGGCCUCUACCUGAUGAUCUUGGCAAAUGUGACACGCUAGUAAGAGUCCGAAUGGGGCAGAAUUAUCUGACUGGAUCAAUACCACCGGGGUUUCUUUACUUGCCAGAGCUCUCACUGGUAGAAUUGCAGAACAACUAUCUGACCGGACAGCUUCCGCAGGAAACAAGAAAGCAACCCUCAAAACUCAGCCAGCUGAAUCUGUCAAGCAAUCGCUUAUCCGGGUGCCUUCCUGCUUCUAUCGGAAACUUUUCAAGCCUGCAGAUUCUUCUAUUGAGUGGAAACCAAUUCACUGGAGAAAUCCCAUCUGGCAUUGGCCGGUUGCAAAGCGUUCUCAAGUUGGAUGUGAGCAGAAACAAUUUUUCGGGCACAAUACCUCCGGAAAUUGGAAACUGUCUCUCUUUAACCUACUUAGAUUUGAGCCAAAACCAACUCUCCGGUCCAAUCCCAGUUCAGAUUGUUCAAAUCCACAUACUGAAUUACUUCAACGUUUCGUGGAACCACUUAAACCAGAGCCUCCCAAAGGAGCUAGGCUCCUUGAAAAGCCUAACGUCUGCUGACUUUUCGCACAAUGACUUCUCCGGUUCAAUCCCACAAACAGGACAAUACUUGUUCUUCAACUCCACAUCCUUUGUCGGUAACCCUGAGCUCUGCGAUUCUUCUGCGAAUCCAUGCAAAUACUCCUCAACCUCAGCAUCAGAAAAUCACAACCAAACCGGCACGCACUCUCAAGUCCUCAGCAAAUUCAAGCUUGUCUUUGCACUAGGCCUCUUGCUGUGCUCGUUCGUGUUUGCAACCGUUGCAAUUAUCAAGACCAGAAGGGUGCGAAAACAUUCGAACUCGUGGAAGCUCACAGCAUUCCAAAAGCUGGAAUUUGGAAGUGAAGACAUCUUAGAGUGCAUAAAGGAUAACAAUGUGAUAGGGAGAGGUGGAGCUGGGAUUGUCUACAGAGGAACAAUGUUGAGCGGCGAGCAAGUGGCGGUGAAGAAGCUGUUGGGAAUCAACAAAGGCUCGUCACACGACAACGGCCUCUCCGCAGAAAUUCAAACACUGGGAAAAAUCCGCCACCGGAACAUUGUCCGGUUGCUGGCAUUCUGUUCAAACAAAGAGACAAAUCUGCUGGUUUACGAGUACAUGCCGAAUGGAAGUUUAGGUGAAGUUUUGCAUGGGAAGAGAGGAGGAUAUCUCAAGUGGGAAACUAGGUUGAAUAUUGCCAUUGAAGCAGCGAAAGGGCUCUGCUAUUUGCACCAUGAUUGUUCUCCUCUGAUUCUUCAUAGGGAUGUUAAGUCCAACAACAUUCUGCUCAACUCAGAAUUUGAGGCUCAUGUUGCAGAUUUUGGGCUUGCCAAGUUUUUGCAGGACACUGGAACAUCAGAAUGCAUGUCUGCAAUUGCUGGUUCAUACGGUUACAUUGCUCCAGAGUACGCAUACACAUUGAGAGUUGACGAGAAGAGCGAUGUGUAUAGCUUUGGAGUUGUACUGUUGGAGCUCAUCACAGGAAGAAGGCCAGUUGGUGGAUUUGGGGAAGAGGGAAUGGACAUUGUUCAGUGGACCAAGAUUCAGACCAACUCGCAGAAAGAAGGGGUUAUAAAGAUCCUCGACAAACGGCUAGACGCUGUUCCGAUGGACGAAGCGAUGCAGGUAUUUUUCGUCGCGGUUUUAUGUGUUGAAGAGCAAAGUGUGGAGAGACCAACCAUGAGAGAAGUUGUUCAAAUGCUUGCACAGGCUAAACAACCAAAUACAUUUUACAUGCAAUGAUUCAAUACUUGAAUCGCUUCGUGUAGCAACAACAAUAUUUUGGUGACCCGGCAACAAAAAUGUCAAGAACAUGUACAAUAAUAGACGAUUUUGGAUCAAGUCGCGAACACAGUUGAGUAGUACUAUAGCAGUAGCUAGCUGGCAGCCAAAGUAAGAAGUGAUGAAAGCAAGCAGGCAGUCGGUCCUUAUUUUUGGGGGUUUUUUUUGGUUUUGUUGUUGUAUUUGUUAGAGUGAAGGUAGAUUUGUUCUGGUUAUCAAUGGCAGGCAAAAGUGCUGAUAUGGGUAAUGGUUCGUUUGCAUUAU